UCAUCGUAUUUGUCAUUCUACCCGCUUUAUAGGAUUUCUACUGGUCUAUGGCUGUCUUCCUGCAGACACACUGAGGAUUUGUAAUUCAUGCGUGGAAGAAUGACUUGUCUCAGACCGCGUGGAUGGACGGCUCUUUUGAUUUAAUGCACUUAUUCAUUUAGACGUUGCAUUUCCUCUUGGAAAGAUCUCCACCUUGAACCGACCUUACACGAGCUAACGCAGGCGAGAAGCUGUCUGACAGCUCUCAAGUGCAUCGUCUUUCUUUAUUUUCUCUAUGUGGGACUUUGAAGUCAAAACUUAUUUUGGUAUUUCGUCUGCUGUUCUUCGAUUGCAGAAUUAUUCAACAUAAAACUAAUUAUUGCGAACCCAAUUCGAACGAGUCUCGGACAGCUCGUCCUUUGCAAACUGAAUCUGAAUCAGUAAAACACAGCAGUAGUGUUGUUAAAUAUAAUAAUAAAUAUAAUUAAGUCUUUUUGUUCGUGAUUUCAGACUCCAAUGCACACAGCAUCUGUAUGGGAGUGAAAGUUUCCCACACGGAAGUGACUUACUCAUAGUAGGCCAGUCAUCUGUUUGUGUGUGUGUGUGUUUUCUAGGUGAAUUUGCAUAAGUUAUACAAAUUGCAUUAGUACAUUUUAAAAUGAUCCCUGAUAAAGCGCCUGGCGAGGAUGUGUUACAUGCACCCGAGGACUUGAAAAAAGAAGCGCACAUCCCGAGCUUUGAGAAAUACAAAGAGCUCUACAUCAAGUCUGUGGAGUCUCCAGAGGAGUUCUGGGGAGAUAUCGCCAAAGAUUUUUUCUGGAAGACAAAAUACACCGGGAAGUUCCUGGACUACAAUUUUGAUGUGACCAAGGGUGAGAUUUUCGUGAAGUGCAUGGAAGGUGCCACAACCAACAUCUGCUACAAUGUGUUGGACCGCAAUGUCCAUGAGAGAAAACUGGGGGACAAAGUGGUUUUUUACUGGGAGGGGAAUGAACCUGGAGAUGAGAAGACAGUGACCUACAGAGAACUGCUCCAGCAAGUCUGCAAGUUUGCCAAUGUCCUCAAGUCACAAGGGGUGAAGAAAGGUGAUCAUGUAUCUAUUUACAUGCCCAUGGUGGUGGAGCUGGUGGUGGCCAUGUUGGCCUGUGCUCGGAUUGGCGCGGUCCACUCUAUUGUGUUUGCCGGUUUCUCUGCCGAGUCACUGUGUGAAAGAAUCAUGGACUCGCAGUGCUGUCUACUUAUUACAGCCGACGGCUUUUACCGUGGUGAUAAGCUGAUCAGUCUGAAGCUUAUAGCUGACGAGGCACUACAGAAAUGCAGGGACAAGUCUUUCUCAGUGGAGAAAUGUAUAGUGCUUAAACACCUCACAAAGGAGGAUGAGGCCACAAUACCCGGGUCCCUGUCACCUCCAGCGAAGCGUGCCUGUCCCGACCUGCAGCAGGAGAAACAGAAAGAAAGAAUAAAGAAGGUCCGUCCAUCCCCACAGGUGCCUUGGAAUCCUGAGGUAGAUAUGUGUUGGCACUCUCUGAUUGGUGGAGCUUCAGAAGAGUGUGAGCCUGUCUGGUGUGAAUCAGAAGACCCACUCUUUAUCCUUUACACCAGUGGCUCUACUGGAAAACCGAAGGGUGUACUGCACACAGUAAGUGGCUACAUGCUCUACACUGCAGCCACUUUCAAGCUGGUGUUUGAUUAUCACCCUGAUGAUGUGUACUGGUGCACUGCAGACAUUGGUUGGAUCACAGGUCACUCUUACAUUACAUAUGGGCCCCUGGCCAAUGGGGCAACCAGUGUGCUGUUUGAGGGUUUGCCCACAUACCCAGAUGUGAGCCGAAUGUGGGAGAUUGUUGAUAAAUAUCAUGUCUCCAAGUUCUACACAGCACCAACUGCCAUCCGGCUGCUUAUGAAGUACGGCAGUGAGCCUGUACUGAAGUGUAAGCGUGAUUCUCUAAAAAUUUUGGGGACAGUAGGGGAGCCCAUAAACCCAGAAGCCUGGCAGUGGUACUACAGUGUGGUGGGAGAGAAGAGAUGCCCAGUGGUUGACACAUUCUGGCAGACUGAGACCGGUGGGCAUGUGUUGACUCCUCUGCCAGCUGCCACUCCCAUGAAGCCAGGCUCUGCUACAUUUCCUUUUUUUGGGGUUGUACCUGCCAUUCUGAAUGAGUCAGGAGAGGAACUUGAAGGACCAAGUGAGGGCUAUCUGGUUUUUAAACAGCCUUGGCCAGGUGUGAUGAGAACUGUAUAUGGGAACCACCUGAGGUUUGAGACCACCUACUUCAAGAAAUUCCCUGGAUAUUAUAUCACUGGAGAUGGUUGCCGUAGAGAUAAGGAUGGGUACUACUGGAUCACUGGAAGGAUAGAUGACAUGCUGAAUGUGUCUGGGCAUUUAUUGAGCACAGCAGAAGUGGAGUCGGCUCUAGUGGAGCAUGAAGCCGUGGCAGAAGCAGCAGUUGUGGGGAGGCCACACCCUGUUAAAGGGGAGAGUCUCUAUUGCUUUGUCACUCUCAAUGACGGGAUCAGCUACGACCAAAAGCUGGAGGCGGAGCUUAAAAAGCAAGUGAGAGAGAAAAUUGGUGCUAUAGCUACACCUGACUACAUACAGAGUGCACCUGGCCUUCCGAAAACCAGAUCAGGGAAAAUCAUGCGUCGUGUCCUGAGGAAGAUAGCAUGUAAUGAGCGGGAUUUGGGUGACGUGUCAACGCUAGCAGACAGCUCUGUCAUUGAUGAACUGUUUGAAAACCGCUGCGGUAAUCAACGCUAGUGUCUGGCCCAAUAUGAGCUUCAGUUCUGGGAGGAACAGGAAGAGUCUGAGAUGGAAUGAAGUGUAGAAUAAAGCUAUUGGGCAGACAGAAAGAAAAAGGCUUAUUCAGGUGUGUAAAUCCUACUGCAAUGCGCCAACGUUUAGAUAUUUUUUGGAAAAUACUACAUGGGGUAAUAAAAUAGCGACAUGGGGUUUUAUAUUAGAAAUCGUUUUAGCCCAAAAGUUUAUUUUUGUUAUUUGUUUUUGUAUAUAUAUAUAUUUUUUUGUGUGUGUUUGUUUGCCUGACCACAAUUACUGCAGUUGGUGUGGCCUCAAAUUCAUUAUAAUACAUUAAACCACAGAAUCAAGCUGUUAUUUGUUGACUACUCUACUCCAGUGGUUUCUUAUAGUUCACUGGCAGGUCAUUCUUGAUUCCAUUGUGUGUGCAUAAUGCUUGGUCUAAAUACAUUCUCUCUUUUCUCUUUUGUUCAGUUUAUUCAUAGAAACAUAUAUGAUGACACUGUCCUAUAAAUGUGCCAAUAUAACCUUAAAGUAGGUUAGCAAUUGCUUCAUCACCACUAAAAAUAGAUGAUUUUGUUGCGUACUAUGUAAUUAUGCUGUGUUUUAAAAAAAAAGAAAAUAAUACAAAAUUACAAAUUGUAUAGACUAUUGGUUCUAUACAAGCCAAAGCAUGCAGUAAGACUUGGCAGAAUAACGACAGGUAAAAGGCAGAUAUUUGCAUAUGUUAAUGUGAUUGAACUAUGUAUAUUUUAUACCUGGAACAAUUUGCAGCUGUUUGCAAACACUUCUGUUAACAUCUGAUAUUAAAUUCCUCCACGAACGUUAUUAAAGAGCUGUAAUUGACUUAAUUGAAUUCAUAAAUACUGUGUAUGCGUUCGAAAACAUGUACCCAAGAUAAUGGUAGGAUCGCAUCCCUGACCAUGAUGGUGAUACAGUCCAAUUCAUUAUCCACUGAAUGCCUAGUUCAGAUUUUAGGAGAAAAGUAUGGUGAUCAAAUUCCAGUGUUUUAAAGUGUAUGGUGCUUGAAUGUACCAGUGCCACAUCCAUGGGUUGUUUUUGCCACUAUUGUCAAAUUUGUUUGAUGCUGUUGUUUCUGCAAAUAUUCCCUCCAGUUUCGCAUUAAUUAUUUGUUUUGUUGUACAAUAUGUUUGGGCCUUUUAUUGAUCAUGUGGAUAUCACUGCUUCUCUCAACCCUAAAACACCCACUGUUCUUUCCAGAUGAGCGACUGAACCUUUAAACUUCAUUUCAAUGUUUUUUUCUUAACUAUUAAUUAUUCCCUUUUUCAUAAAUUUUCUUGUAGUCAAUUCAUUUGAACAAUGUCUCGUACAGAACUGGGUGAAUUAAAGUGCUGAAAUUUUAAA